ACUUCAACAAACUUGUCUCUUGGUAUAGCGCUCCUGUGGAAGGGAGUCGGGUCACUAUCGGGAGGCUGGAGGAUGAGGAGGAGGAUGGGGAUGAGGAUGAGGAUGAGGGGUGUGAGAAAGUGAGAAAGUGAGAAACCAGUGCUGGUGGGUCAUCACAACGCAGAAGCUGGAUGGUGAUCAAGAUGACAUCAGCCACGAUGCUCUGAUUUCAUUCUCUCGAACUCCAAAGACACUGCAUUCCGCGAUGGUCGCAGACAGUGAUGAAGACGGCAAACGUCGUCGACAAGCUGCAUGCAAGACAGAAGGAGCGACCGCAAGGUUGGCUGUCACAUGCAAAAUUGGGUUCCGUCUUGAAGAAGUCGCGACUUCCUCGAUCGAAGGCAAGGCACCUGACAUCUCGACGCUCUGAUUCUCUGCUUCCCUUGGACCUUCGACCUUCGACUUUCAUUCCCAAAAAACCUUUCUUUCACUUCAGCCCGUCGUUCAUCAUGUCGAAACGAUCUGUACCCGACGACAAACCUGCCAGCCUGCCCUUCGCCAAAAAGUCCCGCCUCGAGAUCGAUGAAGGUCUAGCAGAAGUCAGGGCAAAGGGCGCCAGCUUACUUGAAGGUCUCAAACUUCAGAAGACCACUUUCCAAUGGCCUCAACCCUCCGCCCGCGAAGAAAUCAUCACGAACAUCGCAAAGGCUGAAUCUAUGAUGUCCUCUCUCACCAAGCUCGAACAGAAGUCGAAGAAUGCCUCCGAAACCGUCGAAAAGCUCAUCGAUGCAAUCAUCAACAAUGAGUUGAACAAGUGCUCAGUCUUGCACGUAGAGACAUGGAAUGCGAUGAGCAGGGACCAGAAGGUCGAGUUAUGGAAGGCCUCUUGGUCUACGAUGCGCAGAUCAGAGCUGAAGUCACCAAGAUUGUCAAGGAGAAGAUGCAGGGCCUGGCCGCCAGUGCCAUCAUCGCCAAAGCCAAGGCAGAAACCGAAGGUGCUUUCAAAGAUGUUGCAAGCAAGAAACUGCUCAGUAUCCUCAAGGCGGCAAUGGGAUCUCGUGUUUAACGGGUGGUCAGUCCGAUGGGAGAAAGAACCGUGGCUGAGAAACGAUGCAAGAACGAAGAUGUAGCUUUCGCUGAGCCUGAAAACAGUUUCUUGCUCCAGACUUGACGAAGUCAACCACAAUCACAUGCUUGUCGCUUUGCAGAAGUCUCACUCAUUUUCACUUUUGUGUCCAUCACUUUCGAGUUGACUUUGUAAUUCUCG